AUUGAAUCGAGUUUUACAUGAAGAGAGCUAGGAAAAAAAUGGGCUUGUCACUGGAUGCCUUUCUAAUGAGCUACAACAGUAACAGGAAAGGGACUGGAAAAAACUAACAAUGAAAUUGAUUUAGUAUGCUUUUUUUUUGAUGAUCUUGUGUUGUGUGCAGGGGUUAGUCUCGUGGAAAUUGUCUUUGAUCGGUAAUUGCAGCAUUUCUGCUCCAGUUAACUUUUCUUUAUGUUUUGUCUAAACAAUGGAGCUUUUUGGGAGCUGAAACACAGUGGCAGGAAGCUGACAACAUGCCAGGCAUGUUUGGAAUGUUUCUCACAGAAGAUAAUGUCUGCAGAAUGGUUAGAUGAGGUUGUUGGGCAGUUUUCACAGCGAAAGGCCAGAAUGCUCUUCAGUCUGCAGUAAACCUGCUGUGAGGGGGAUAAUAUGGGUCCUUUGGUUGUGGACACAGUGGAUGAUUUGAGGACAAUUCAGCAGUCCUUGUUGGAACUACACAAACUGCUCACAGACCUGCCUGAUGACAUGCUGGAGGACAGCAGGGACUCCUCCCUGGAAUAUUCUACCUGCAGUAAUAAACAUAUUGGCAAUAGUCCACAGUCCACGUGGACGCAUCAAUGGACAGAUCAUCCAGGACCAAGCUCUUGUAAAGAGAACUAUAAUGCUGACUAUGGCACUCAUGAGGAUCAAGCUGUUCAGGUCAGCGGACAUGGAGGUCACACUCGGAGUCAUCCUCUGCCGCACACCUGGAGUCAGCAGGCACAGGGUCACCAGUUCAACCAAUAUAUUGGCACAGAAAGAUCAGCAGAGACCAGUGAUUUCUCCACACACGAUUAUGAAUCUCAACAGUAUCCUCAAAGUGCCAGUAACCCUGAGGAAUAUAACGGUGAAGUAGGGAGACGGGACAAUCAAAGCUGUGGGGACCAUGACACCAGGAACCAUUUUAUGUCUACGGUAGCUGACAGAGGAACAGCUCAGUAUCAGGCUGCCUAUAAUCCUCAACGCCCUGCCUGCCAACCCACAAUGUUUAACUCGCAGGGCGCCCAACAAGAAGCUCAGUUUGAUCACCUGCAGAGAGAAUUUCUUGAUUCAGCACAACAUACUGCUGAUAGGGAGAAGCUUGCUCAGUUGCAGAUCUUGAACAAGGCUCAACAGAGGCAAAUUGAAGAUUUGGAGAGAAAACUGGAAGACUCAAAGCGCAAUAUGAGAUACCUUGAACAUCAGUUUGCAAUUGUCAAAGAUGAAAAGGAUGGUCUAGCAGUCAGCCUUAAGGAGUCAACCCGACUGAUUGAAGAGGCCAAAGAAAAAGAGACUCAAAUGCAGAAAAAAUUUAAGUCAAUGGAACAGCAGAUACAUGUCCUAAAUGAACGAGACCAAGAGAACUUGAAGAAGCAGCGUGUGGCAGAGGCUGCAGUCGACAGCAUGAAGCAGCAGAUGCUGGAUCUGUGCUCCUCUGACACUCUGUCCAGACUGAGGCAGCAGCAUGAUAGAGACCUUGCAGUUACAAAGGAGCAGCAUGAAGCUGAAGUGUUAGUGCUGCAGCAGAAGCUUGAGUCCAGCUCUGAAACACUAAAGGAACAGACUGAUGUUGGUCAGAGGUUACGAGAACAGCUAAAACAGCUGGAGCACCAGAGACAAGAGGAACAGCUGGAAAAGGCCAGAGUGGUCAAUGUCCUGACGCAGCAUCUGGAGGAGAGUCAACAACAAUGUGCCAAGCUGCUGCAGACGAGUUCAGUGCAUGAGAUGACUCAACUGCAAAUCAAACUGCAGCAGGCUCAGUCAGCCAAGGCACUGAGUGAAAACAUGAACAAAGCUUUACAGGAGGAUCUGCUGGAUUUGAAGGAGCAGAUUAAUCUGUAUGAAUCAGCUGUGAAGCAUGGGGUCAUUGCAUUUGAACUGAGUGGUGACUCGGAGAACCAACUCUCUGACUCCUGCAUGGAUUUAGGACUAAAGAAGUCCAACUGGAAGAACACCAUGAUUCAUUGUACUGCGCUGACAAACCUGUUGGACCCCCAGCUGCCCAAGGAAGAGGCUUUACAGCAGCUACGAGUGGAGAUGCAACGCUGUCUGGCCAGCCUGAAGGGCAAGCGACAAAAAAUUAGCCGGCUCCAGGAGGAGCUUCAUUGCUGUCAGAACACAGUGCACGAGCUACAGACCCAGUUAUCUGAAGCCCAGCUCAGCUCUUCUGUACGAGAGACCAGCCAGAAUAAGUGUGUAGACAUAAGCGGAGUGUCGCAGAAAGAGUUGAUGAAACUACAGGAAGACAAACGACAGCUGGAGGAAAAAGUGGAGGAACUGGAAAAUAAGAUUCAAUUGCUAGAACAGAGUGAAGAAAAGGUGAAGACUGCCAACUUAGAACUGUGCACAAAAAUGAGGGAGAUGAUCCAGGAGUUGGACCAAGAGAAGCAAGAGACUGCUCAGAGGUUUGAAAGGAUCCAGCAGCAGUACAGGGAUGAUGUGGUGAACCGGGUCAGAACGGAGCUCACGAUGGAGCACAAAGCUGAGGUUGAACAGCUGAAUACACAACACCAACAGCAGAUCCAACAGCUCCAAACCCAUCUGUCUGAGGUUAGUGACAAGAUGCUGGCUGUGCAGGAGUGUUACAUAGCUGUCUGCAAGGAGAAGGACAUGAUUGAAGAAAGCAUACGCAACAGAGACAAGGGAGAGACGCUGAGGAGAGAAAAUGAGGAAAAGAUGAGGGAGGAGAAUGAUAAAGUUGUGAAGACUCUGAGGGCUGAACUGGAGGCUCAGCACCAAGCAUCAGUAGAACAGCUCAAAGCUCUGUGGUCCAAAGAGAAGGAGACUGAGAUCCAACAGCAGGUCUUAUCAGCUCAGGCUGCCUGGAAAGAGGAGAUGAAAAAUAUGGAGAGAACCUGCACCCAGAGACUGGAGGAAACUAAGAACAGUAAAUGCAGAGAGACGGUUGAGGCAACCUGUCAGACGGAUGAGCUUCAUAUCAGCAUUAUGACAGUUACUGUUGAAGAGCUGGACUCCAGGCUCAGUGCCCAGAAACGACACCUGCAACUGGAAGCUGACAGUAUCAGACAGAAGGCUGUGGAGGAAGCCAGAAAACAAACCCAGCAAGAACUGCAUGAGAAACAUCUGGAGGACAUGGCCAGACAGGUUGAAGGGGCAUUAACCAGAGCCUAUAGUCGCUGGAUUGAAGAGCUGACUUCAUUACCAGAGUAUCAAGCUACUGUCCAAACAGAGAAGGAGAAAUGGGAAGAGCUCCAAGAAAAAUACAUACAGCAGCGGGUGUCACAGGCCUUGAAGGAAGCAGAGGAGCAGUGGAAUAAGAGGGAUAAGGAGCAGCUGGAGGAUCAGAGCUCUGGGGCCCAGAGGGUGAAGAUGCUCCAAGAGGAGGUGGUGAUGCUUCAGAAUCAGUUAGAAAGAGUGAGGAAAGAGCAGGCUGCCCUGCUGAAGGCUGAGCUGGCUGGAGCUCGAGCCGCCUGGAACCGAGACAAACAGCAGGAGAUUUCCAUCAUCCAGGCCCGCAGUGAGCAGCUGUAUAACACCAAACUGCAACAGCAAGCCAAGGCUCUGGAGCAGGAUUUGCAGCAGGCUAGAGAGAAGGCUGAGCUCCAGAAGAAGGAGACGGAGGCUCAGCUGCAGCAGACUCUGAGGGUCCGACAGGAGGAGUGGAGCCGUCAGCUGACUGAAAAGGAACAGACCCAGACAAAGAAGAUAAGGGAGGAUUUGGUAGCAGAGCUUCAGAUUGAGCUUGCAGAGAUCCAGUCACAACUCUGCAGGGAUUCCCGAAAAGAUCAGCAGAGGGUCGAAGAAACCAGCAGGAUCAGCAGAGCCUCCUCAGUUGGCUCAUUAGCACCCAUCAUCCAGAGCUUCUGCAAAGACAUAAUCAGCAGGGCUGUGUCUCAAGCUAAAAAGGAGUGGAAAAAAGUCACUGAGGACAGGAUCAGCCGCAUCUUAAAGGAAACUCAGGAACAGCAUCAGAAAGAAGUUGAGAAAAUUCAAAACUGUAUCUCACGGAAGAGAGACGAGGACAGUUGCAAAACAGAGAAUGCUGAGGCUGUAGCUAAACUCCAGAAAAAGGUCCAGGAGCUCCAGAGACAUCUGGAAAAAGCGUGUUGCCAGCUGCAGAACAGCGUACGUGAGCACAAGGCUGCCAUACAGCGUCUCAACGAGGAACAUGAACGUGUUUUACUGAAGGCAAAGGAGGAGCAUCUGCAGCAGCUGGAGGAAGUGAAGAAAUCCAAACAGUCCUCAGGGAGUCCUGAUCACCAGCAGAACCUGCAACUGGGUCUGGAGGAGAUGACACAGCAGUACUUAAUGACUGUGGAAAAGAUCAGAGGAGACAUGCUACGUUACCUCCAGGACAGCAGGGAGCGAGCAGCAGAGAUGAUCCGUGUGGAGGUGCAGAGGGAGCGGCAAGACACUGCCAGGAAGAUGCGGCACUAUUAUUUGACCUGUCUGCAGGAGUUACUGCAGGACGGAGAAAACGCUACAGGGGCCGAAAAGAAAAUCAUGAAUGCAGCGAGCAAGCUGGUGGCCAUGGCCAAAGUGCUGGAGACGCCAAUCAAAAGUAAAUCUGGAAAGAAUUACAGUUUACCAGGUUGUUCUACAGCUGUUAUCACGUCUGGUUGCACGCCGAGUAGAAAGGCAGAUCUCAGUAAGAAUGCGUCCACAGCGACAGCUGACAUCAGACCAGGAGAGAGAAACCACAAAGAAAAGCCCGACUCGGGCCUGAAUCCCGGCGCUGCAGUGAGGACUAAACCUGUGACUCAGACAGGCCACCAGAACAGUUCUACAUGUGAUGAGGGUUUAGCAAAUAUCCAAAAACUUUUCAGCACUUCCAAACCCGCUCUACACAAGGAAGUGCUGUCCCACUUGCAGUGUCACACAGUGUCUAUUAGCAGUAAGAGCAGGGAGCGCUACCUGCAGGGGGGAGACACUAAGGUGUCAGAAAACCGUCCCAGGUCACAGCCCUUUCUCCUCACGGAGGCUCCCAUCAGAGAGGAGAGGCAGGCUGACUGGAGCAUAACCAGCAGCGACUCUGAAACAGGGUUCCAUGUCCCCAGAGUCUCCUAUUCAGGGAGGAAAGUGGAACCAGUGAAGCCGUUUUCAGUGUCAGGCAGGGAGUCUGGAGAGUUUGGAAUCCUCACACCAAACCCGCCGGACAUGACUAUUUACGACGAGAUCGCCAAGCUGUCUCCACACACUCAAACGUUACAUUUUCCCGUGGUGAAGAUGAGUGCCCACAGAGAGCCCACCCCUGGUUCUGAGGCAGAGACUCAGCGUGCAGUUUGUUCUGCGGCGUUCUUUGAGCUGAAGCAGUCGCAGCAGGACAGUGGCUUCGAAAGUCCUGUAUACCGACUCAAAGGACAGAGUGAAGGAGAACUCUGAGCGCAGAGACUGACGUCUGAUUGGAGUCGACAGAUUCAGUCAUCUUAGCAAAUAGUGCCUUUAAAAAGUGUUUACUGUUUACGCGUUGGUUGACGUGCGUGGAGGGUUGUUGUCCCGUGUUAAUCAAACACGGCUUGCUUAUCUUAACCGUCAGUGCUGACGUGCUGAUCUGUUAACCUCUGAGUACGUCCAGUGUUCAGACGUGUUCUGUGCCUGACAAGCAGUCAGUAAACAGCAUGCACAGUGAAGAACGUCAGGCCAGAUUUAGAAUCUGCUCACAAUUUCUAACAGUCACAUUGUGAACUUUGUGGCCUCUGGAUAAGAGCAGGGUUCCUUUUCUCUAACGUGACUCCAUAUUUAAAACAUUUCAUAUCACAUUCAUAAGAUGCUGUGUGUGCAUAGUACAGAUGUUUUUUUAUAUAUAUAUUGUUUAAAUGUUUUAAUAAAUCUUAAGUUUAUUUUAUG